AUGGCAAGUUAUUUAAAGGAUGUGGAACAUGGACUUCCAACGAUUCGAAGGACAGGUUUACUCGAGUCGACGAGCUCUCCACACAGGAUAACCACAGUGGAGACUGAUGUUUUACACCGGUAUUCCUCUCCGAUCGCGACUACUACCACAUACACGACCGAGCCACUUAUUAACCCUCGACCACCUUCUCCAUCACAGAGAAGAGCAGUAUCAGAUCUUACAGAUCAAGUGAAAACUUUCAAAGAAGAGUUGAGGAAAAAAGAUGCUCUUAUCCAGCAGUUAGUCAGCAUGGAAUCUGUUCCUAAAGUGACGGUGCGAUCAGGAGCAGAUGCAUACAGACAUGAUGCCAUUUUCAUGGGGGACAGACACGCAAUAGACACAGCUCGAGGUGAAGCUGCCACUCUUCAAGUCAAAAAUGAAAAAUUACAAGCCCAUAUUACUGACUUGAAAACAGACUUAGAGGCCAAAGAAAUCAAGAUAAAGGAAUUGAAGACACUUUAUGACACAAGCAAGGAAAAUGAACACCACCUCACCACUUUACUCGAAUCCCAUCGCCAACAGAUAAUGGAGCUGGAGGGCAAAGCAGGCAGCUACGAGACUGCUGUUGGGCGCAGUGAGUUCACUGUUUCUGCUCUUCAACAACAGAUACGUGAGGGACAAGAAAAGAUUUUGGAAUUAGAAUCCCGACUGAGAACCCACCUUGAUGACCGUGAGGCAGCUGAAGUGAAAUGUCAGUCAGCAUCGAAACGUUAUGAUGAGUUACUUACACAGAUCACUGGCCUUCUCCAAGUGGAGAGUAUACAAAGUGCACUCGGCCCCGAGGAUAUCCUUAGACGAUUAACAGAUCUUGUUCAGGAAAAUGCUAUACUCAAAGGAAAAAUUAUUACAAUGAGUGAGUGCUUAAACAGCACAGAACUUGAGACAAAAGCAAGCAGGGAAACUAUAAUGAGACUUGUGUCAGAGGUCGGCAAAGAACAGAAGUGUGCCACUAGAUAUACAACAGAAAUAGACAACCUCCGCAUGGAGCGAGAUGAAGCAUUGUCAUCAAAACAUGGCCUUGAAAGGGAGAUAGAACUUUUGAAGGAGCGACUUGAGGCCAGCCAUAAAUCUGUUGAGGCUGCACGAAGGGAGUUAGAACUAAGGGAAUCUAGAAUUACCUCCCUUGAUCGCGAGUACCGAAGCCAUCAUCAUGAUGUACAUGUGAUCACCACACAACUAUCAACCUUUAAAGAAAAACUAGCUGCUAUCCUUAGCACAGCUGACUUAAGACUGGAUAUGUCGGAAGAAACCUUAGUCACACGCAUUAAUACCCUUAUCCAGGAAAACUGCGAAUUCAUCAAUAGAAACGAAUCCCUCCAGGAACGUGUGAAGACCUUGACAGAACAACUGGAAAGCCAGUAUGAACUCCACAAGUCUGCUGCAGCAAGAGCACGAAAGGCAGAGGUAGACCUGGCAGAGUAUGAUUCACGGCUACGCAGCGCUGAAGGGGAGCUCACAGCAGGGGAUGUCCUUCGUGAUAACAUGAGGGGAGACAAGGAAAAAUACCUAAGAUGUCUCCAACAGCUCGGUGAGGUGAUGAAAAUGGAACGCAUUUCAAAUGACUUAGGAUUAGAUAUGACCAUUGAAGCUUUGAUGGCUCGUGCUGACCAACUAGUCAAGAUGGAAAAAGAUGCACUGAUUGACAAGUCUACACAUAUUUACAACCUACAACGCAAAAUCAAAUCGCUGAAAGAACAAUUGGAGAGCAAGGAUCUACAUGUUGACCUGCUUCGGAAAAAGAUGACCGGUCUGGAAGAAAAGAUCAUGGGCAAAACAGAAAUUGAGAAGGAACGAGAUGGAGAGACGUACAGAGUCCGAAAGCUCGAAAAGAUCGUUGAGAAAUACAAAUUACAGAACCAAGAUCUUCGACAUGAGAUCACCAAUCUCAAGGCUAACUUGCUUGGUUCCAGCGAGAUGAAGAUUCGUACUUUGGAACAAAGGAAGGAGAUUGAGGAACUCUCUGCUCAGGUAGAAGAGCUUGAGAAAUUGAGGUCACGUCAGGCACACAAAAUCUCCAAACUGAAGAGUUCGGUUGAUCUUCAGGAAAGUGAGUCACAGGAGAAGAGGGUUAUCGCAGACAACGCUGUGCACGCAUUAUCCAGUGAGCUUAGAACUACCAAGAAUGCACUUAUUGCUAUACAGAAUAGGGAGAAACAGUUGUUGGACUUCCGUGGGGUGGUGUCACGUAUGCUUGGACUGGAUUUAAGCACACUGGCUGUGCCUGACUACGAGAUAAUUUCACGCUUGGAGAAAUUGAUACAGGCUCAUCACAACCAUACAUUUACUACCAUGAGUAUGGAAGAGGCCCUUGCAGAUAUGGAGGAUGGCUUCCUCAGUGGCUUUGAGGAAUACCGCUCCAGAGCUGUGCCCCCACAGUCAACCAUUGGUCGGUCAAGAGAACGGGCUCGUAGGAAGGCUGCACGUGCCCGAGCACGAUCCGUGUCACCCCAGCGACGGGAUCAUAGAGUGUAUUGAAAACCCUCUCUUCUGACUCUCCUGUCCCUAAACAUGCUCAUCAGAAGGUCUUGCAAUGGUUCAAAGUGCUGUGAGGGAUAUACAUAUCAUUAUUAGCCAAAGUGUAUUCAGCUGGAAAUACUUAGCAAAUAAACUUUUUUAAGAAACGAAAAUGGAUAAAUUAGAAUUACAUUGCAAAUGAUGUCUUAAUUUUACAUUAUGUUUAUUGACCAAAAAUUAAAAAGGAAAACAACACAGAAGUAGAAUCUCAUGUGGGUAAAAUGAUGAGUGUAGGGUAAAUAUUUCAAUAUGUGGUAGUGCUGGCAGUUAUGAUGAAACUCCUUGAAAGUAGUGAAAUUUUGAAACAUAUUUUA